CGUAUCUCUCUCUCUCUCUCUCUCUGAAACAGACCCCGAGACCCGCCGUGUUCUCUCGACUGGAGCCUCCGAAUCAGACGUAUGAAACCGAUGCUUCCUCUACAGACGAAAGAAACCCACGGUCUGUGUUGUAUUUGUGCCAUUUCUUCUUCUUCUUCUUGUUUUUUAUCAGUUUGGAGUUCAGAACAAUCUGUAUAUAUGGUGCUAUUCUGCUGCUAAUUGGAUUAACGUGUUCUGCUAAUUCUGUUCAUCGGAAUUUUGUAGUUUCAUAUUCUCACAUUGAACUUGAAAAACCUUGAUGUAUGGAAGAUAUUAAGAAUAUUUGUAAUCCGUGAUCGGUGACUAUGAGUCCGUCUACGUACAAUCCCUGAAAUGCAGUCCUCGGGUACUCUUCCUACGUCUCCUUUGUCCACAUCUUCUCUUCAAUGACCAAAAAGUUUCCCUCUAUUCGAGUUCCGCCCAGCCUGCAGUACCAAAUUUCCCUCUGCUUUCGAGUUCCCUCUGCAGCUCCGUCCGCCGGCGUCGACUGGAUCUCUUCUCCUCCACCACCGUCGGCCAGUAUGUUUUCAGGGAUGCGUUCUCUUUUUGGGUGAGGUCAGCACAUCACUCGUCCUCCCCACAGCUUUCAUCACAGCUCUGCUGCCGCACCGACCACCAAGAGACCAUUGUCAACCGAAGACGACGCCACCGACCAGAGCUAAAGAGGCAAAUUAUGAGAUAACAGGAAUGGCGACACAAUCUGAGCGAUUCUCUCUAGAUUUUCUAAUGGGAGGGGCAGCAGCAAUAGUAGCAAAGAGUGCAGCUGCACCAAUCGAGAGAGUGAAACUUUUGUUGCAAAAUCAAGGAGAGAUGAUAAAGAGAGGUCAGCUCAAGAGACCAUAUACGGGUGUUGGCGAAUGCUUUGGAAGGGUCUUGAGAGAGGAAGGCCUGUUGUCUUUCUGGAGAGGUAACCAGGCAAACGUCAUACGAUAUUUCCCUACUCAGGCUUUCAACUUUGCAUUCAAAGGUUACUUCAAAAGUGUUUUUGGACGCUCAAAAGAGAAGGAUGGAUACAUAAAGUGGUUUGCCGGUAAUGUGGCUUCAGGAAGUGCUGCUGGAGCUACUACCUCAUUGUUUCUAUAUCAUUUGGAUUUUGCACGUACUCGACUUGGCACUGAUACAAGGGAUGGUCAACGCCAGUUUAAAGGGCUACUAGAUGUAUACAGAAAAACCUUGUCAAGUGAUGGAAUUGUAGGCCUGUACCGGGGUUUUGGGCCUUCAAUCAUUGGCAUUACUCUGUAUAGAGGCAUGUAUUUUGGGAUCUAUGACACAAUGAAGCCGAUUGUUUUGGUUGGACCUUUCAAGGGUAACUUCUUUGCCAGUUUCUUGCUGGGUUGGAGCGUCACAACAGUCUCUGGCAUCUGUGCAUAUCCCUUCGACACUCUGCGACGGAGAAUGAUGAUGACCUCUGGACAACCUGUAAAGUAUUGCAAUGCCAUGCAUGCUUUCCUCGAGAUCAUUCGCCUUGAGGGUUUCAUAGCGUUGUUCCGUGGAGUUACCGCAAAUAUGCUUGCGGGGAUGGCAGGGGCCGGUGUACUUGCAGGAUACGAUCACCUACAUCGAAUUGCAUCCAGACAUGGUUAUAAUUGACAAUGGUUUUAAUUUUGAGCCGCAUCAAAGAGUUCUAAAGCGAGUCCUGGCCUUAUGAUUUGUAUAUUAACAUGCUUUAUCCAUUGUUUACUGAAGAAGGGUCCUUUGAAAAUGUACAUUGAUGGUAAGAAGAAAAUAAAAUAAUAUGAUCAGAUAUGUUUGAAGUGGUUCA